AUGAUGCAAAUUAAGGCGAACAUCGCGCGCAUGAAGUACCGCUCCGUCUGCUCCGAGUUGCGGGAGAAGUCGGUGUUUUACGCUUCCUCCUUGAAGGACCUGGAGGACGGCAUCAGGCAGCAGGAGAUCGAGAUCAAGCGCUUACAGGGGGUGAAAGAAGAGGCCAUAGAAUUGAGGGACACCACUCAGGAGACUCUAGUGAAAGAAGAGAUCGAGGAAACGAAUUCCAGCAAAAGACGCGACUCGGUCAUCAAGGAGUACAGGCAGCGAGUGUCGGAGCGCAAAAUGGAACUGGAGCGGCUGGAGCGCAUGAUAUUUCACACUAGGCCUCGCGACGAUUUCGAAACACGUGAGAAAAGUCGCGUGCAGAUGCAGGAGGACAUUAUCAAGGACGAACUGGCGCGGCUGGAGGAGGCGUUCGCCAAGCUGCGGAACGCCACCGGAGUGUCCAAGUCGGAGGAAGUUCUGAAUCGGUUUCUGGGUCAGCAGGCGACCAAAGACAGUCUGCAGAAAAUGCGUGCCGCCACCGAGCAGGAGAAAAUGCUGCUGGAGAAGAAUAGGCAGGAGCUUAGCGCUGAGAUAGAAAUGAGGAAGUUCUCGGAGACAAAAAGUGCCGAACAGAACGCGGAGAUAGUGACGAAACUAAAUUCUCAAAUCGACGAGCAGCGAGCUCGUAAGGAGAGAGCCGAGGCGGCGAAUCGACGCGUCGGCGAGCUUCUCAACGAAGUGACCGGUAUACUGCGCAAGUUGUAUGAGAAGUUUCAGGUGAGGGUUAUCAAUUAUAAAUUCACGAAUAUUAUCCGUGCAAGAGUCUUACAGCACAACUUGAAGAGAACGAAGACAAACGAACGAAACUUACAUUUGAACAACUACGCGAUAAACAGUCGGACAAAAGUACCGCGAUUUUUCAAAAAACGAAAAUUAGUACUGAAGAACUAUAAGGAGACCGCCUUAAAUCCGGAUAUUCCUUUGCCUGAGGAUACUGAAAUGGACGAUCCUUUGAUAGUUAUCGAACUUUUGAACGGUAAAAUAACACAUGGACUCGAAGUUUUAAGCGUUUCUGAUAAAUAUCUCGAGGCAAUGGAUGAAGUAUUAUUGGAUAAGAUGGAAACAAUGUCGGUCGCCACGACUUCGGCGGAAGGCAGAACAAUGCGCGCAAAUGGCGGUCCAUUGUUUCCACGGUUUCCACCAUGCGCGACUCCGGCUGCUGCAUUGUCGGAAGACGAGGAGGAAGUACCCUCCCGAAACGUAUUAAAGAGACAGGCGCAAUUGCUCGUAGAUACCAAAAGCCGUCGCAAAGGGUUCGCUUUCAAGAGAUAA